AUGGCUUCCUCCACCGGUAAUAUCCCCAUCGUCGAUUUCUCAACAUGGACUCCUCAGAGCUCCUCCGAAGAACGAGCAGCCAUUGCCAAAGAACUUGCAAAUGCGUGCCAUAACGUAGGAUUCGUAUCCAUCAUCAACCACGCCAUCCCUCCUGCCCUGCUAGACGAAGCAUUCGGCUGGACAAAACGCCUCUUUGAUCUAACGAACGAGGAGAAGAUGCUAGCUCCGCACCCGGAUGGGCCCACAGUGCAUCGCGGAUACUCCUGGCCAGGGCUAGAGAAGGUUUCGCAGGUCAUCAGUACGGACCCUCAGGUCGGCGAGAAAUUGAGGGCAGUGGUGGAUUGUAAGGAAAGCUACGAAGUCGGGAGCGAAGAGAACGCCGAGCAACCAAAUAUAUGGCUCCCAGAACCCGUACUCCCUGGGUUCCGCGAAUUCAUGACAUCUUUCUACUGGCAGUGCUCCAAAGCUUCGCGCGAGGUCCUCACAGCAAUUGCAGCUGGCAUGGGUUUGAAGGUCCCCGAAUCGCUGCUCAAGUUUCAUUCUGGCCAUAACAAUCAGCUCAGGCUCCUGCACUAUCCCCCUAUUCCCGCGGCGCACCUUGAGAGCGGUUCGCAUGCAAGAAUGCCGGCACACUCGGAUUGGGGCUCCAUAACACUGUUAUUCCAGGACGAUUGUGGUGGUUUAGAGGUUGAGAAUCAGUUUGUUCCCGGAGAGUUCGUCAAGGUGGUGCCUGUUAAACAUGCUAUGGUGGUGAACGUUGGGGAUUUGUUGAUGAGGUGGAGCAAUGACUGGCUGAAGUCAACGCUCCAUCGCGUAACGGCCCCGCCUGCUGACCAUCGCUUCACUGGCCCAGAGCGUAUGAUACCAGCUAGGUAUUCGAUCCCGUAUUUCGUUGCUCCGGAUGGCGAUACAGUUAUCGAAUGCAUGCCUGAGUGUGUGACGGAGAGCAAUCCCGUAAAAUAUGAGCCGGUUACGCAGAGGGAGUACCAGCGGCUGCGGGGAAAUCUUCAAUAUUAA